AUGUUUUAUACAGAUGCUAUGCUUCAAAACGUAAAAUAUCCAACUCAUACCAUAAUUUCAAUGCCUGCUUUAUCCCCUACAAUGACUAUGGGUAGUCUGGGAACAUGGCAAAAAAACAUUGGCGAUGAAAUAACUCCGGGUGAUGUAUUAGUAGAAAUUGAGACUGAUAAAGCUCAAAUGGAUUUUGAAUGCCAAGAAGAAGGCUACCUGGCUAAAAUCCUCGUGGAAUCUGGUACAAAAGAAGUUAAUGUUGGAAAACCAAUUGCUGUAUUAGCAGAAAGUAAAGAUAGUAUUGAGGAAUUUGCUGAUUUUGCUGUUGAAGAAGCAGGUGCAACACCACCAUCACCUAAAGCAGAAGAAACAGAAGAAAUUAAGCCAGAAACACCAUCGCCAUCAACAAGUCAACCAUCAUCAUCACCACCGCCUUCUUCUGAAAGAAUUUUUGCUAGUCCUGUAGCUCGUAGAUUAGCCGUUGAACGUAAUAUUUCGCUUGAUCAAGUUACUGGUACUGGACCAAAAAAUCGUAUUACUAAAUCUGAUGUUGAAAACUACAUAGCAUCAGGUGGUGCUGCUAAACAACAACAACCAACUACUAAACAACCUUCUUCACGACAAACAAAAAUCUCAACAGCUACACCAACAGUAGCUGCUUAUAAAGAUAUUCCUUUAUCCAAUGUACGUAAAGUUAUUGCAACUCGUCUAUCCGAAUCAAAGCAGGCGAUUCCACAUUACUACUUAACUGUGGAGGUUGAAGUUGAUGAGGUUUUGAAAUUACGCGAGACAUUGAAUAGUCAAAGUAAUGGUAGAUAUAAAUUGUCGGUUAAUGAUUUUAUUAUUAAAGCUGCCGCAUCUGCACUAAUGGUUGUUCCUGAGGUUAAUAGUGCUUGGUAUAAUGAUUUUAUCAGACAAUAUCAAAGUGCUGAUGUUUCUGUGGCAACAGCAACACCUACAGGAUUACUCACACCUAUUGUAAGAAAUGCUCAAUCAUUAGGAUUAGCAUCUAUAUCAAAUCAAGUUAAAGAAUUGGCUGGCCGUGCAAGAGAAGGAAAAUUAGCACCAGAAGAAUAUCAGGGUGGAAGUUUUACAAUUUCAAAUCUUGGAAUGUAUGGUAUAAAAUCGUUCACAGCAAUAAUCAAUCCACCACAGUCAUGCAUUUUAGCAAUAGGAUCUGCAGAGAAAAAACUUAUCCUAGAUUCAUCGUCUUCUAACACUGGAGGAGAAUAUCGAGUUGUUAAUACAUUACAUGCUACACUUUCAUGUGAUCACAGAGUGGUGGAUGGUGCUGUUGGUGCGCAAUGGCUUAAAGAAUGGAGAUCUUAUAUAGAGAAUCCCUAUAAGUUGCUUUUGUAA